CCCAAGUGGCAGUGUUCCUAAGCAACCAUUAAAUAAGGGCUUAACCAAGGAUUUAUAAACACUUGAACCAGUGCGAUUUAUGAGGAGAAUUAAAUCAUCCGGAAAACCAGCGGAAAGACCUGCCUCUUUUCAAACUUUCCUCUCACUCCUCAGGAGCAGGACACUAGCAAGAGAAUUUGUGCUGUCCUCUGGCGAAAGGAGACAGACCUUUAUGUGCAGAGGACAGACAGAGUGAGGUGCGUUUGUGAAGAGGAUGCAGCCGCUGGAGAAACUCACUGCCAUCCUGAUGGAGGUCGACUCGGUGUCUGAAAUCACCGCCGCCCUUCUUCUUCUUCUGCUGCUGCUGCUCUUCACUGUCUGGAGUCGAACACACCGCUCACAUAUACCUGGUCCUUUCUUCCUGGCAGGGCUCGGUCCUCUCCUCUCCUACAGCAGAUUCAUCUGGACUGGGAUAGGAACAGCAAGCAACUACUACAACAAAAAGUAUGGCAGCAUGGUCCGAGUCUGGAUUAAUGGCGAGGAGACCCUCAUUCUGAGCAGGUCCUCAGCAGUGUAUCAUGUUCUGAAGAGCGCCCACUACACGGCCAGGUUUGGGAGCAAGAAAGGGCUGGAGUGUGUCGGGAUGGAGGGGAGGGGGAUCAUCUUCAACAGCGAUGUCCCGCUCUGGAGUAAAGUGAGGGCUUAUUUUUCUAAAGCUCUGACAGGCCCCGGCCUCCAGAGGACGGUGGGGGUCUGUGUGAGCUCCACAGCCAAACACCUGGACCGCCUGCAGGAGAUGAGCGACCCCUCCCAACACGUGGACGCCCUCAAUCUACUGAGAGCCGUCGUGGUGGAAAUCUCCAACAGGCUGUUCCUCAGGGUGCCGCUCAACGAAAAGGACUUGCUGCAGAAAAUCCAAAACUACUUUGAGACCUGGCAGACAGUUCUUAUAAAGCCUGAUAUCUUCUUCAAGAUUGGAUGGCUGUACAACAAGCACAAGACAGCAGCCCAGGAGCUGCAAGAUGUGAUGGAGAGCCUUCUUGAAGAGAAAAGGAAGAUGAUAAAUGAGUCUGAGAAGUUGGAUGAUGAUCGUGACUUUGCAACAGAGCUGAUCUUUGCUCAGAACAUCGGAGAGCUUUCAGCGGAUAACGUCCGGCAGUGCGUGCUGGAGAUGGUGAUUGCUGCACCUGACACUCUUUCCAUCAGCCUCUUCUUCAUGCUGAUGCUUCUGAAACAAAACCCAGACGUGGAGCUGAGGAUAGUGGAGGAGAUGAACACUGUUAUAAGUCAAAAAGAUGAAAACAUUGAUUAUCAAAGCUUGAAAGUGCUGGAUAGUUUCAUUAAUGAGUCUUUGAGGUUUCACCCGGUGGUUGACUUCACGAUGAGAAAAGCUCUGGAAGACGACAGGAUCGAUGGCAUUCAAAUCCCAAAAGGCACCAACAUCAUUCUCAACAUCGGUCUCAUGCACAAGUCUGAAUUCUUCCCCAAACCAGAGGAGUUCAGCCUGAUGAACUUUGACAAAACAGUUCCCAGUCGCUUUUUCCAACCCUUCGGCUGCGGGCCGCGCUCCUGCGUGGGCAAACACAUCGCCAUGGUGAUGAUGAAAGCCAUCCUGGUGACCUUGUUGUCUCGUUACACCGUGUGUCCUCGCCGCGGCUGCACGCUUGACAGCAUCAAGCAGACCAACAACCUGUCGCAGCAGCCGGUGGAGGACGAGCACGGCCUGGCCAUGCGCUUCAUCCCCCGGACAGCAUGAACCCACACAGGAAGCACCGAGACACACGCAGGGGUUAGAUUUGAGGAAAACCACUACAAAGUAUGUAAAGUAUCAAACUGAUACAAAAAUAUUCCUUGGCCAAAAUGUAAUAAGUUGCAAAAAUGCCACAAACAUCAGUAAUUUCAAAGUUUGAAAUUUUGUUUGGAAGUUACAUCAGGUGUUGUUACUACCUUGCCAUAUUGACCUUUAGCAAACAAGGUUGGAGGUUUUAGCUGAUACAGAGCAGAGAAGGCUUGCUUUGCCAGCCCUUGGGAUAACAGGGUGGACAUGUAUACAUAGUUUGUUGUCUUGAGGUCACAAAAAACAAUAUAAAGGCAAACGAAUAAAACUACAUUUGAUGUGUUGCCAACUUGCUUUUGUGUCAUUUGCUUUUCACAUUAAUCCUAGUUCAAACCUGUUCAGAUGUACUGUUGUUAUGUCGUGUAAAUAUGUGUUAGUGUGUUUUGUAUUCAUCUGUGUUUUCUUUGGAAGCUCAGAGACGCUGUUGGCCUGUUUUUAAAAUCUCACCCUUGUUUUGUUUUUCUCUGCUGUUUAAGACUCAAGCACAGGCCAAAAAGAAGGUUUGCAGGGAUUAUCUGUACCGUUUUCAAAAGAAAUGUUUGGUCUUUCAAACAGGAGAGGAAAACAAAUUGCCAAGAUUUCUUCUUGACAUCAUGGGGAAAUGAAAUCACACCUGGAAAAAAUCAUGAUUGAUUUAAGUGUUAUUUAGAACAUAGGUAGAAGGGCACUUCCUAUCCUGUGCACCUCUCAUCAGAGUAUUAUUAUCAUAUGAAAAUAUUUUCUUUACUGUAAUAAUGUCUUUUUUUUGCUUCCAGCUAAUAUGUGUGUAUUUAAUGAAUGAAUAACAAUUGAGUCAAAGUUUAUUUA